AUGCCCAAGACCAUCGACAUGGCAACUGGGAGGGUCGAGCGCACUCGACCCCUCCACGAUAUUGUCAACAAUGACAAGAAAAGGGUGGCGUAUUUCUACGACUCCUUAAGACCAAUUCACCCCCAGCAUCAUGUCUCGCAACGGAACCACCCUCAACGAGCACGGUCAGACACCCAGUUGCUGUCCGUUGUGCCCCCGACGAGUUCGCGUCGCCUCCCGCCGCUCAGCCUCGAACUCAAGGUCAAGCUCAAUCCCAUCGGCCACCUGCUCAGUUUUGGUCUGGCCCUAACAGUCCAACCCGCUGCAGGCUAG